AUGAAGCCAGGACGGGACAUAAGUAUCAGUGUUAGAAAAGAAUUGUCUAAACAAACAAUCAACAUGUACAAGAUUCUGAUCUUCGCCUGCCUCCUGGCCCUCGCCGCGGCCAAGCCGCUGGUGGUGAGCUACGCGACGCCGGUGGCGGCGGCGUACACGGCGCCCGUGGCGGCAGCGUACACCGCCCCCGUGGCCUACUCCGCCUACUCCGCCUACUCGCCGCUCGCCUACUCUGCUUACAGCUACGCUCCCUACUCUGCCUACUACGUCUAAGGAAUCAAUGCAAUGAUUGGUCUCGCAUUUUUAAGUUCUAUAUUUAUUAAAUGUUGAGACUAAAUUAUUGUUUAACAUACGACCUACGCUACACUCAUUAUAACGAUUAUGCCGAAUAAAAACGGAUACUUAUUAAGUUAUUAA